GCGCCUCCUGACGUCAUCGCCGCGCGCCGCCGCCUGCGCUUCUGCCACUUCGCGGGAGAAGUUGUUGGCGCCAAUGGAUCCCGAGCUCCGAUAACGGAUUCCCCCAGCCGCGGACCUGCCCACCUGUUUCUCUUCGGUCUUGGGGCUGCGAUGGACAUUCGGAAAUUCUUUGGGGUUAUAUCAAGUGGAAAAAAGCCUGUAAGUGAGACAGUAAAGAAGAAUGAGAAAAUAAAACCUUCAGAGGGAACUGUCAAAGGAAAGAAAGGAGUAAAGGAUGUCAAGGUUAAUAAUUCCUGUAAAGAGGAUGCAUCCAAACCAAAGCAACACAACAAGAAAAAGAGAAUCAUCUAUGACUCAGAUUCAGAAUCAGAGGAGACAGUGCAGAUAAAAAAUGCUAAAAAGAAAUCAGAAAAAUCGCCACUGUCUUCCAAACCUGGUAAAAUUUCUCGGAAGGAUCCUGUUACUUACGUUUCUGAGACAGAUGAAGACGAUGACUUUGUAUGUAAAAAGGCAGCCUCCAUAUCAAAAGAGAAUGGAGUAUCUACAAACAGUUACCUUGGCGCAUCAAACGUGAAAAAGAAUGAAGAAAACACUAAGACUAAGAAUAAACCUUUAUCACCAAUAAAACUUACACCAACAUCAGUGCUUGAUUAUUUUGGAACUGGAAGUGUGCAGAGAUCUGGUAAGAAGAUGGUGGCAAGCAAAAGAAAAGAGUCUUCUCAGAACACGGAUGAUUCCAGAUUAAAUGAUGAGGCCAUCGCCAAGCAGUUACAGCUUGAUGAAGAUGCAGAGCUGGAGAGACAGUUGCAUGAAGAUGAAGAGUUUGCUCGGACAUUAGCCAUGUUGGAUGAAGAACCCAAGACCAAAAAGGCCCAAAAGGAUCCUGAAGAGGGAGAAUCAUUUUCACCUGUCCAAGCUGAUCAAAGCAAAGCAGAAAGUCAUAAAAGCCCUAAUAAAGCAGAACAUUUCUUAAAUGAAAGAAAAACCCGUAGCCCUGCUAAGUGCAGCAAAGGUGGGAGCUCCAAAGGAUCUGAGCAACCCUACAGAUCGUCAGCUCAUCAGAAGGAUGCCUGCUCUUCUCCCAAGGCCAGCUCCAAGCUGGCACUUAUGAAAGCAAAAGAAGAACGUUCUUACAAAGACACAGAGCUGACGGCCUCAAAAAGAAAAGAACACACCACUGAACUCAAAGGAGAGAAGCAGACUCCUAAGAAAACCAAAAGUUCUCCAGUUAAAAAAGAGUCUGUAAGUCCAGAAGAUUCUGAAAAGAAGCGCACUAAUUAUCAAGCUUAUCGAAGCUACUUAAAUCGUGAAGGUCCCAAAGCUCUGGGCUCCAAAGAAAUACCCAAGGGAGCUGAAAAUUGCUUGGAAGGCCUGACAUUUGUGAUCACAGGCGUGCUGGAGUCCAUUGAACGGGAAGAAGCCAAGUCUCUAAUUGAACGUUAUGGGGGCAAAGUAACAGGAAAUGUGAGCAAGAAAACCAACUAUCUCGUUAUGGGCCGGGACAGCGGACAGUCCAAGAGUGACAAGGCAGCAGCUUUGGGAACAAAAAUCCUUGAUGAAGAUGGUCUGUUGGAUCUGAUUCGAACUAUGCCAGGCAAGAAAUCCAAGUAUGAAAUAGCCGCUGAAGCUGAGAUGAAGAAGGAAAAGUCCAAAUUGGAGCGAACACCCAAAAAACACGAGCAAGGAAAAAGGAAAAUUACUCCAACCAAGACGGAGUCAGAGCCUAAAAAGAGCAAACUGACUCCUCAGAGGGACAGCCCUGCAAAAGCCACAAAGGAGAACGCACAUGUGUCUCGGAGGGGCCUGGACUUGACAGAGCAGGUGGUCAGGGAGACACCCGGCAACAGCAGGGCUCAGCGUCCGGCUGAGGACAGCACUGGGAACAAAGUGGAAAGCCUGCUCUGGGUGGAUAAGUACAAGCCCACGUCACUCAAGAACAUAAUCGGACAGCAAGGUGACCAGAGCUGUGCCAACAAACUGCUACGCUGGCUCAGAAACUGGCAUAAGAGUUCUUCCGAAGAGAAAAAACACGCGAGGUGUGGCAAACUCUCCAGCAAAGAUGAUGGUUCCAGUUUCAAGGCAGCACUGCUGUCUGGCCCGCCAGGUGUUGGCAAAACCACUACAGCUUCUCUUGUAUGUCAGGAAUUGGGCUACAGUUACGUGGAACUAAAUGCAAGUGAUACUCGGAGUAAGAACAGUUUGAAAGCAGUUGUUGCUGAAUCAUUGAACAACACCAGCAUCAAAGGCUUUUAUACAAGCGGAGCAACUCCUUCGGUGAGCUUGAAGCAUGUUCUCAUCAUGGAUGAGGUUGACGGCAUGGCAGGCAGUGAGGACAGGGGGGGAAUUCAGGAACUAAUAGGCCUGAUAAAGCAUACUAAAAUUCCCAUCAUUUGUAUGUGCAAUGAUAGAAAUCAUCCCAAAAUUCGUUCUUUGGUUCAUUAUUGUUUUGAUCUUCGUUUCCAAAGACCUCGGGUUGAACAGAUUAAGAGUGCAAUGUUGUCUAUUGCAUUUAAAGAGGGCUUAAAGAUCCCCCCUCCAGCCAUGAAUGAGAUAAUUUUGGGAGCUAAUCAAGAUGUCAGACAGGUUUUACAUAAUAUGAGUAUGUGGUGUGCACAGAGUAAGGCACUAACUUAUGACCAAGCCAAGGCGGAUUCUCAGAGGGCCAAGAAGGAUAUCAGACUGGGCCCAUUUGAUGUUGCCAGGAAAGUGUUUGCAGCUGGAGAGGAGACUGCACACAUGUCACUGAUGGACAAAUCGGAUCUCUUUUUCCAUGACUACUCCAUAGCCCCCCUCUUUGUCCAAGAGAACUACCUCCAUGUAAAGCCUGUGGCUGCAGGGGGCGACAUGAAAAAACACUUGAUGCUUUUAAGCCGGGCGGCAGACAGCAUAUGUGACGGUGACUUAGUGGACAGUCAGAUCCGGAGCAAGCAAAACUGGAGUCUCUUGCCCACACAGGCCAUUUAUGCCAGUGUUCUUCCUGGAGAGUUGAUGAGGGGCUAUAUGACUCAGUUUCCUACCUUCCCAAGCUGGCUGGGGAAGCACUCAUCUACUGGCAAACAUGAUCGGAUUGUUCAGGACCUAGCCUUGCACAUGAGUCUUAGAACUAACUCUAGCAAAAGGACAGUGAACAUGGAUUACCUGUCACACAUCAGAGAUGCACUUGUGCAACCCUUGACCUCACAAGGGGUAGAAGGAGUCCAACAUGUUGUCACACUUAUGGACACAUACUAUUUGAUGAGAGAAGACUUUGAGAAUAUCAUGGAAGUUAGCAGCUGGGGUGGCAAGCCCAGUCCCUUUUCCAGACUGGAUCCCAAGGUGAAAGCAGCCUUCACAAGAGCUUAUAAUAAGGAGGUCCACCUGACUCCAUACUCACUUCAGGCAGUAAAGACACCGAGGCUCAGCACAGGCCCAGCACUGGAUUCUGAAUACAAUGAAGAGUCACAGGAAGAUGACAGUCAGCCUGAUGAGAAAGAGCAGGAUGCAAUAGAGACCGACGCCAUGAUCAAGAAAAAGACAAGGUCUUCAAAGCCUUCAAAACCAGAAAAAGAUAAGGAGUCCAAAAAAGGAAAACAAAGAAGUUCGAAGAAAUGAAACCAUUGUUGAGUACCAAUAGCUGCUUUUCACUUACCCUCUUGACUAGUCCAGCUGGUCUUCAGAAUGAAAGAAAGCCUUACCCUUUGCCAGAGUAACCGUGGGUAGCACCGUGGGGUGGCCUGGCGGUCCCACUAUGAAGGACGGUACAACUGGACAGUCGAACUAGCCAGCUCUCAUGUACCUCUUAUAGAGGUGGGUAGGAUUGCUCCAGCCCUGCACUGUCCCAGCCAACUGAAUUAGAUUCCUGGGAUUCAAAGUGACUAUGGAACCAAAACUAGGAGUACACAGGCUUUGGAGUCAGAUUUUAGUUAACCAUACCAAGUCUGGGCGCAGUGGAACUGAGGCGUCUUUUGUAGCUUAACAGUUCGUCCUAAUGGCCGUUAGAGGACCAGUGCUGAUUUUUUUUUUUAAAACAUAGUAGUUCUUAUUUUAUGGUGAAAUUCUGUAAAUAAACCUUAACACAAAGCAACUACCACCUGGAGCUGAGUAUUCUUGGCCCACUGUCAGGUGUCUUGCAGAGUAUGCAUCAGGAACCAGAUAUCCAUGUGGUACAUGGAUCAUUCUUAAGAUUGUCAUCUUGUACAGCAGAAUAUUAUGUUGGUAUCUUUCUUUUCUUAUUCAUUUGAUGAGAUGAAAGCAUUUGGCAUUAUCCUGUGAAUUGCUGUUCUGCGGGUGGAGGGCAGAGCUCACAUGCCAGCGUCCCUUUGCACUGAUGGCAUUGCUGCUGUAGUUAGUCUCAGAGAGGCCUCUUGGCUGGCGGGGUGUGCAGACACUGCCUGCCACACAUUCCUGUCCUCCUGCAGUCUCAGCCUGAAGGUUGACACCAGUAGAGGCUAGGAUGGGUCAGAUUCUCAGACUCAUUUUGGCAGGGAGAUGCUGUCCUGUGAUGGAGUUCAUAGCCCUACUGGAAUUUCAGAUUGUAUCUAGAACUGUGCUUGUUGAAGGACCCUGGGCCAUGGAUGUAACCUGGCCUUUAGGUGGUUAGCUCUUUACAACAGUAAGUGCUCAGAGGUCUAUGCUGCCUCUGUGAGGUAUAUGCCAAAAAAGAAUAGGAGGACCAUGUUCUGCCUUUGAGGCCUCAUAGCCUUGUUGGGAGAGGAGACAAAGUCCUGGAGACAGUGCAAGUUUAUUAACCAGUGUGAAAAGUGUGUUUCCUGGAGAUCGGUUAUUAUGGAAAUAAACACUGUCCUUAAGCCUGA